AUAAAUAAAUUAGUAAGAAAGUAAAUUGUGUGAUUUUGUAAUUAUUUUCUUUUGAUUUAAGUAAAAAUGAAAAUUGAAAGUAAGCCUUUAAGGUACGCUCAUGCUGAAGGACACACAGAUGUAUGUUUUUCUGAAGAUGGACAGCACAUAAUAACGUGUGGACACGAUGGUGAUGUACGGAUUUGGCUUGGUAUUGAAGACGACGACCCAAACUCCCACUGUGUCGGGGAAAGCGCGCUCGCCGUGUGUUUUAAGGAUAAAAGAUUAUAUGUGGCAAAUGACAACCAUGCAGUUCAAGCAUAUACUUUCCCAGCAUUUGACAAAGAUGGUAUUGUCACCAGAUUUACAGCACCAGUCACUCAAAUUAUGUCAUCACCGCAAAUUGAGGUAUUGGGUUGUUGUUCAGAGAACAUGGAGGCUAAAAUUUGUAACUUGGAAGGCGGUGCUCCCUUAUUUGUAAUGACUGAACACAAGGGUCCAGUGCUGAGUGUUGCCAUAUGUCCCCAUAUGAAGUAUGCGGCUACUGCUUGUGGAGAUGAGUUGUUAAGAAUAUGGGACAUAGAUACACAGAAAGUUGUCAAGGAAGUAACCUGUGUGCCUAAAAUAAACACUUUCUAUGCAGCAAAAGUAUUAUGUCGAAUAAGUUUCGAGCCAUCAGAAGGAAAGUAUUUGGCUUAUCCAAGUAAUAGAGAGAUAAUAUUACUGGACUGUGAAAGUUGGGGACAAAGGCUUACUUUUACACAUAGUUUGAUAAAAUGUGCAAUUUCCCAAUGCCUUUUCUCCCCCUGUGGUCAGUACAUAGCCGGGAGUACAGUUGCUGGUCAGAUAGCUGUAUGGGCAGUACAAACUGGCACUUGUAUAGGCAUUAUUGAACAUCCAACAUCACAUAAUGUAUCAGCUAUGGCUUGGAGUCCCAAAGGUAAUGGGGUACUAGCAUAUUGUGAUAUUGCUGGUCAAUUGGGAAUGCUAGUGAACUGUUAUGGACAAGACAGUAGUAAAGUAAAUGGUGAUUCUGAAGAUGUUGAAAUGGUAGAGAAAGAUGAUAAUGAGGAACUAGUAGAUAAUCUAAUACAUAACUAUGAGAGUGAUGAUGAUAACGCAAUAUCAUUGGAGAAGUUAAAGAACGAGACUCUCGGAUUGCACACGGAGGAGUUUCGUCCUCAGUCGCAGCUGGCGGCGCCCGCGCCGGCCGGCGUGCCCCCGCAGCCGCCCUUCCAGCCCUCCGCCACGCCCGCACACUUGGAGCACAGAUAUAUGUGUUGGAAUGAUGUUGGUAUAGUGAGAUGCCACACUGCGGAGAAUGGGGAGUCGAGUAUCGACAUUGAGUUUCAUGACUCCAGUUUGCAUCAUGGAAUUAAUUUAAAUAACUAUUUGAACCAUACAAUGGCCAGUUUAUCCUCUACAGUUUUAGCUCUGGCUUGUGAGACACCUAGUAAACUAGUAUGUAUAUCGUUGAUGGGUAGUAGUAAGGAAUGGAGUAUUGCAAUGCCGGAUACAGAAGAGAUCUUAUGCGUGUCGGCGAGCAGCGCGCUCGUCGCCUGCGCCACUGACGCACGACUGUUACGACUCUUCACUACCAUGGGCACGCAAAGACAGGUAAUCUCAUUACCGGGGCCAGCGGUGGCAUUAUCAGGAUUCAACACGACAAUCCUCGCCGUAUACCACAGCACGGACCCGGGAUUGUCCGACCAGCAUCUCGCGAUGGAUAUCAUAGCUCUAAACGGUCGACAAGUACGAAGCAAAACAGUCCAUCUACCAUUAACGCCAGGGUCUAGAUUAGCGUGGCUGGGCUGCACGGACGUAGGCUCGCCGUGCACGUAUGACACCGCUGGCGUACUGCGCCUCUAUGACAUUGCCAGUGGCAUUUGGAUACCUGUGUGUGACAUCAAUACUCACGCUAAAGGCGCCUCUGAUUCCUGGUUUAUUGUGUCUAUAAGCGAGCCUACACAAACAGUGAGAGUGAUUCUCUGCAGAGGUACUUCUUAUCCUCUUACUGUUCCAAGACCUAUUGUUACUGAAAUACCAUUGCAAAUACCAGUGUGCGAGGUGGAGAGUGAGAAGUCGCAGUACGAGGAGCAGCUGGUGCGGUGGGCGCACUGCGCCGCUGAUGUCGACGUCAAGGCUGCUAGAGAGACCGCUCUCAAGUUAUUUGCUUUGGCGUGUCGCAGUGAGAUCGAACAAAGAGGGUUAGAACUGAUGGAACUAUUGAAAGAUGAGAAGUUGCUGCCAUUAGCAGCUAAAUACGCGUCUCGCUUAGGUCGUGUGCACUUAGCUGACAAGUUGUCAGACCUGGCCGACAGAUGGCGUGAGGCUGAGCUGGUUGUAGCUCACACACACUUCCAAGAGUUGGAGUCGCAGACGAACGACACACAAGAGGAGAUCAAUUCCAGUAUUAUCAUACCUCAGAGAAUUAAAAAGAAAGUUGAUAGUGUACCUAUUAAACCAGUGCCAAUAAAAUCAUCACCUAUGGGCAAAAGGAAUCCUUUCAGAAAACAACAAGAUACUAUCAAAAGUGCACAGAAUCCAUUGAGUUUAACGGACAGGACUUUAGUUGAGGUUCACACGAACCCGGAAAGCACAGAGAAUAAUGAUCCUUUAACACCGCUGGAAGGUGAAACCUUUGUUAUCUGGUUCUCACGUAACAAAAGUACACUGGAAGAACAGCAUCCGGAGCUGACACCUUCAGAGCUGACCCGCCAAGGAGUCAGGAUGUUCAAGAGCAUACAGAAUGUACCUGAAGGUCCACAAAAGAGGAAACUGGAAGAUUCCACCGAUGGAUCACCGGUUAACGCCCCUAAGCAAUCAAAACUCAGCGCUUUUGCCUUUCAGAAAAAAUGACCAUAGAUUAGAUUUUAUAAUUUAUUAAUUUUAUUGUAAAAAGAUUUUUAUAUUUAAUGACAAGAUCAAUUAUGUAAAAAAA